AGCACAGUUCUCUGAACUACCAACACCGCAACCAUGACCAUGGGCAAGAUCACCUUCUACGAGGAGAAGAACUUCCAGGGCCGCUCUUAUGAGUGCAUGAAUGACUGCUCUGACAUGUCCUCCUACCUGAGCAGGUGCCAGUCCUGCAGGGUGGAGAGCGGCUGCUUCAUGGUGUACGACCGCACCAACUACAUGGGGAACCAGUACUACAUGAAGAGGGGCGACUACUCCGACUACCAGAACUGGAUGGGCAUGAGCGGCGUCAGGUCUUGCCGUAUGAUCCCCAUGCACAGGGGACAGUUCAGGAUGAAGAUCUACGAGAGGGAGAGCUUCGGCGGUCAGAGUCACGAGAUGAUGGACGACUGUGACAACAUCAUGGACCGUUACCGCAUGAACGACUGCCAGUCCUGCAACGUGAUGGACGGCCACUGGCUGAUGUACGAGCAGCCCCAGUACAGAGGCAAGAUGAUGUACAUGAGGCCCGGAGAGUACAGGAGCUUCAGGGACAUGGGCAUGAGCGGCAUGAGGUUCAUGAGCAUGAGGCGCGUCAAUGAGUCCUGUUGACGCAAAGAAAGAGAAAGUUGUUGAAUAAAAAACGAAAAAGGAAUCAAACGUCA